GUCCUGCCCCAGCUGAACGCGCCGGGCGGGCGGCUCCGGUGUAGGGGCCUGGCCCCGUAGGGGACUCGUGCGGCUCUGCAGGGGCCGCUCGCCCCAUCCCCCGCCUGAGCCUUACCCCCCCCCCCCCGAGUUCUACCCCCGCUCCAGAGCGGAGACGGGCCGUUUGCUCUGCACCCCCCUCCCCCCGGCCGCAUCCAGCCCGCUCUGCGCGAGAGGCUGGAUCCGCGGUGGGGAUAGUGACCCCGGGCCAAGGCAGGGACUCCAUCCUCGUCCUCCUGGGCAGGCCAGGCGCUAUGGCUCCGCGGGGCUGGGCCCCGGAGCCCGUGCGUGGGCCGGUCCUGCAGAGACCGAGCGAGGAUGCUCGCGUAGCCGUGCCCGGCGCCACCUGGCUGCGAAAAGCCCCGCUCCUUUGUGUCGGACGGCCACAACGGCCCUGCAGGUGUCCAUGGGCUGGGGAGAGAGAGACCCUAGCGGGACUCGAAACACGGGCGCCUUAGGCUGUUCUGGGGGGCAGGGAGCUGGGUUACAGGGGGGAGGGAUCUGUCUGUGCUGGGGAGCUGGGCACUGCACCAAGCUCGCCGCCCCACCAAGCUUGGCUCCUUGCCCCUCAGCACUUGACCCCGUAUGAGCUGUCCCCUAGCCCACUCAGCCUGACUGACACAUUGGGGCCUGCAUGGCUGCACCUUGCUGCACCCGAAGGGGCUGGCUGUGCUGUUGGUGAGCUUAGCCUGCAGGGGGGCAGUAGCUGCACUGAUCAUCUCUCUUGCUCUGUACAGGAUGCUCAUUCCUGCCACUCUGCCCUGCCCGUGUCCGCGGCACUGGCACCGAUGGUAGCGUCUCUGGGGCCGAUACCACUCUGCAGAUCUGCUGAGAGCUUCCGGGGCAGGCGACCCCCUGUGUCUGGUGUCCCCUAGCCUUGGUCCGUGAGGACCCUGGGGCCAGCCUGUGCGGUUUGUGACACCUGCAGUAGGGGCAGCGAGCACAGGCCUGCGGCCUGGCUUUGCUGGGUUGUGGUGUGUCGUGUUGUGUGGUCGACUGGGCUGGUGCUGGGCACUGUAGCCUUUCCCCAGGGAUCCUCCACCAGUCCGGCCCCCUCCUGCUGCAAUGCGCCGGGACAAGCCUCAGGAGCGGGCAGCCAGCUGGCCGGCUGAUCACAUCAAGGUGCUAAUUGCCUUGUGGGCGGAGGCGGCCACCUCACAUGACCUGAGCUCGCGCGGCAGGAACAGGGUUGUCUACGAUGGCAUCUCCCAGCGCCUGGCUGAGCUGGGCAUCUACCGCACCGGCGACCAGUGCCGGGAGAAGAUGAAAGGCCUUAAGGUGACAUAUCGCAAGGCCAAAGAGAACAAUGCAGCCGGGAGGCCGCCCAUGCGUUGCCCAUUCUAUGAGGAGAUGGACCAGAUCAUGCAGCGCUGCGACAGCACCCGCUCUAGCCUCCUGGCAGAGAGUGGUGAGGGGCCCGGCGGCGCGGACAGGCAGGAGGGUACAGCUGCCCCGGAGAGCUGGGGGGCACCAUCCUUUGAGCCAUGGGAUUCCCAGGCCACUGCUGCCUUUGAGCACUGGGAGUCCCAGGCCUCGGCCUCUGACCAUUGGGGAUCCCAGGCUGCUGCCUCAGAGAGCCAGGGGGCUGAGGAGCUGGGCUACGUGCUCCCCGAGGCUCAGGCCCUGCUGGGCGAGGUGCAGGCCGUGCAGGUGAAGGAGGAGGAGGCGUCCGCGGACGAACUGCCACCUGAGCCUGACCCUUCCCCAUCUGCAUCGGCGGAGCCCCAACCGGCCUCCCGGAAGCUGGUCUCAGCGCUGGACCGGCUCGUGCACCUCCGGGCCAGGAAGCGCAAGGCACGGGAGGAUGGGCCGCUGGAGACUCCACGGGGACCCAGCCAGAAGCACGGGCGCAGCCAGCUGGAGCUGAAGCGGGCGAGGCGCACUGGUGCCUGGAGGGCGGAGGAGAGGCAGAGCCUGGCCGAGUUCAUCCAGCAUGACCGGGAGAUGCGGCGGGAGGACCGGGAGUUCCAGGCCCAACUCCUGGAGAAGCUCUUCCAGAAGCAGCUGGAGAUGGUGGAGGCCCUGGCCCAGCCCGCACCCCCACUGCAGGAGCCAGAACCGGUGGUGCGGGAGGGAGCUGGGCUCCAGUUUCCCACUUUGCUGGAGCAAGUGGUGCAAACGCAGGCCAAGGGGCAGGAGGCCGAGGCAGCCGGCCCCGCCCCUGCAGGAGCCCCGGAGCGAGCAGGGAAAGCGCCCCCUGCCGUGCAGUACUGGACGGCAGACGAGAUCCUGCGCUGGCUGGUGCCGCAGCAGCCGCUGAUCGGGCAGCAGCCUUGGGGCGAGCGGUGUCGGGAGGGGCUGCCGGGCCCCCUGGCCUCACGGGGAGAUGGAGAAGGGGGGGAGAAUGAGUCUGAUCUCACUGCCUUCAGACGAGUGACUGACACCUGCCAGGGGCCCAAAGGGCUGGGGGGAGCCCGACUUCUCCCUCCGCUCUGUGGGAAAACCCAACAGAUCCACGCCAGCCUGGAUGCCAGCGAGGCCGGUGAUGGUGCCAAGGUGAAGGGAACUGCCCUGCGCCGCCACGACAUGGAGACGCAGCGCCAGCGCUUCAGGGGCUUCCGCUACCGGGAGGCCGAGGGGCCCCGGGAGGUUUAUGGCCACCUGUGGGAACUUUCCCAUCGGUGGCUGCAGCCAGAGACCCGCACCAAGGAGCAGAUGUUGGAGCUGCUUGUUCUUGAGCAGUUCCUGAAUCUCCUGCCUGAGGAAAUGCAGAGCUGGGUGCGGGAGCGUGGCCCAGAGAGUGGCCAGGAGGCCGUGGCCCUGGCAGAGGAUUUCCAGCUGGUUCCCCAGAAGCCCGGAUGGCAGCACCAGGCGCGGGUGCCAGCCCAGGAAGGGGCCAGGGAUGUCGGUGCAGCGCAGCGGGCCCUGUUGGCCGAGCGGCAGAGGGCGCCCCAGGGGGCCAGUGGCCAGGAGAACAGCUGGAAUGGCGGCUUGUUGGCUGCCACACCGGGCGCCCCGCUGGUGCGGAGACCAAGCCUGGGCGCGAUCGAGCCAGCUGCUCCCCAGCCCCUGUGCAACAGAGUGGGCUCCAGGCAGGGACAGCAAGUGGAGAAUGGCUUAGAACCGCGGCAGAGCACCGGGCACCUGCGGCAAGCAGAGAAGAACGCUGCCCCAGUGCCACGCCCAGCAGCUGGGAAGGUGACCGAGCUGUGCAGUGCUGGCCUAGGAGGGCACAUGGGGACAGACGGAGUGCCACAGGGCAGAGCCACCAUUCAAGAGGGCAGCAGUGUCUCAGAUGCUCAGAAUGGGGCUCCGUGUGAGCAGCAGACACCUGCUAGCCUUGUGCGGAUGGAACACACCGGCUCCAAGGGUGGCAGAACCUGCAGCGCCCUGCCCAGGAGCGCCGGCUGUGUAUCCCCGGGGCUGGACGGCCCCUUGCUCGGGGCCCUCCUGGAGACGUCCUUGGACUCCCCAUGGGACAGAGAGGGCAGUGCAGACAGAAUGCCAGAGGGUGGCAUGGCCUGCGCGGGGGCACAGUCCCGCUGCCUGAGCUGCACAGUACUGCGGGCUGAUCUGGACGCCACGCGGGAGGAGCUGAGAAUCACCCAAGCUGUCCUGAAGCCCAAGUGCCUGGCGAGCAGCUGGCCGUGGCCCACCGCCGAGGAGCCCACACAAAUGUUAAGCAUCGGCAGCACCAGGGAGAAGGUGACAACCUCCCACUCGAUCCCAGAGCCGCUAGCAUCAAGCCCCGUACUUGCGGCAGCGCCUGCAGCAGGGAGGCCUUGGACAGGACCUGAGGGGUGCUGGGCCGGCUGCCUGGGGGUUUUUGGGAGCUGGAUCCAGCCGGGCCCAUGCUGAGCCAGGGCAGCUGGCGUCUCGUCACUGGACUUCCCAGGGAGCCUUUCCUACUCGACUAGCUUUUUGAUACAAUGUCCCCAAAGCCCCCUACUUUCCCCUUCACUUCUCAGGUUGGUCUCAAUAAAGCAAUGCGCAGAGCU